GCUGCUGGCCACGGCCUCGCGCAGCGCACUCGGAGGUCCCGGAUCUGUCUCUUGCUUCAACAGUGUUUGGACGGAACAGACCCAGGGACGCCCGUUCUUCCAGCCCCCGGACUCUCCUUCGUCUCAUCCAGCCACCACCUUCAGCACCACCUCCGGGACCAGCCAACACACCGGUUUUUUUUUUCUACCUUAACUCCUCAUCGCUGAACAGCCAUGAGCUCCCAAAUCCGUCAGAAUUAUUCCACCGAGGUGGAGGCUGCGGUCAAUCGCCUGGCCAACCUGCACCUUCGGGCCUCCUACACCUACCUCUCUCUGGGCUACUAUUUCGACCGGGACGAUGUGGCUCUGGAGGGCGUGGGCCACUUCUUCCGCGAGUUGGCGGAGAAGAAGCACGAGGGCGCGGAGCAUUUCUUAAAGUUGCAAAACAAGCGGGGCGGCCGCAUUCUCUUCCAGGACGUGCAGAAACCUUCCCAGGAUGACUGGGCCAAAACUCAGGACGCCAUGGAAGCCGCCCUGGCCUUGGAGAAGAGCCUGAACCAGGCCCUUUUGGACCUGCAUGCCCUGGCUUCUACCCGUGCAGACCCUCACGUCUGCGACUUCCUGGAGAACCACUUCCUGGAUGAGGAGGUGAAACUGAUCAAGAAGAUGGGCGACCACCUGACUAACAUCCGCAGGCUGGCCGGCCCCCAGGCUGGGCUGGGCGAGUAUCUCUUCGAAAGGCUCACCCUCAAGCACGACUAGGAGCCUUUGGAGCCCAGAGGCCUUUCCGAGGCCCCCCCACUGCAUCCCCCUGGUGUCUCUGGCUUUUAGCUGAGCCUCUCCCCGAAACUACUAGCCAUUCUUUUGACCACCCUGGAGCCCUCUCCCCUGCAUUGGACCAAAUGAAACAAUAAAGCUUUUUGCAGCA